AUGUGCCCCACCCCAUGCGCUCGUAACAACCAGCAAUUACUGUUUGCUCUUCUGGCUAUUGAUCCUGGUUAUUCGGGUGAAGACGCUGGUUGUCCUCGAGAUGCUCGGCUCAACGUUGCUCCCAAUUCUAAUUCGCCUCCUUUUCCAGUGAAACUAAGUAAGGACAUGUGGCUGCUUUUAUUGCUGCCGGUGUUCGUGACGGCCGCAUAUCGAGAGACCGUCUAUGUGGGACAAGUCUAUCAAAGGCCGCUAUCACAAAAGACGGUCGCCACCGGUGCGACGGGCGGAAAUCUUCCACGAUGGCUCAUAGUUAGGGACGGUACGCUUCAGGGGAUCCCGCGAAGCGAAGAUGUGGGCAGGCAUACGGUUAAGAUUUCCACAUCAACAAGAACGCAGGCGCUCCUCGAACUGAUCGUCAAAGAGGACACUCGUAAUCCAUGCGGAAGUGAGGACACUUACUGGGUGGAAGCGCUCUAUGCAGAGGAUGGACCGGUCGAGGAUCGCCUUGAUGCUGCUUUAGACGUAGCUGAUGCAUUGAAAGUUAACCUCAACGAAUUAAAGGUUCUCUCAUACAACUAUUCACGCACUAUUCGCACAGUUGAACCGAUUGGUGGGGAUGAAGUCGCUGCAUUUACCGUAAUGAAGAAGGUGGCCUGCGGCGAUGAUCUGGAAACUGCAGCUAGUGAGAUGGAUUCAUUUCUGACCGCCAUAGAGAGUAUUGAGUACGAUUAUGUGGUGCUCACAAAAGGCCGAUUUGUCCCUCGCUCAAACGACGAGGACGUCAUCGCUGAGACCUCCACUCUAACCGCCAGAAAGACUUCGUCGACCACUGAGGUGACAACGUCGCGGACUACUCGGAAAGUGGACAACCCACCAGUAAAAUUGAAUUCACUGUCUGGUUUCACUUGUGUGCGCGGGGUUUACUGCGAAAUGACAAUCCCGGAGAGCACGUUUAAAGACGUCGAAGACGGUGACACAUUCAAACUUCGUCUCUCCGUUCAACCACUGGGCAAGAAGGAAUCCUGGGUUUUCUAUGACCACAAAAAGGUUAAAGGCGUCCCGAUUGAAGAAGGGGAGUACGAGUUUCGACUGGAGGCUCGCGAUAAGGCUGGACAGAUGGCGUCAGCUCCGUUCAAGGUUACCGUAACUCCCUCGUUUCCCUUCAAUCAUAUCGUAUCCCUGGAGUUGGAUACGCCAUUUCUACGUCUGUCGAAGCCAUCGUCAUUGUCCGCAUUCGUGCAUCAACUCGCGCUCGCAUUCCGAUCGAAACCCGAUGCAAUCACCAUCCGAAAUAUUACUGGAAAUGCAACGAAAAGCCUUGUCACGUGGAGCAACAACACCAUACCACAUAAGACCUGCGCUCAUCCAGCUUUGGACAGCGUUCGCUAUACAAUGCUAACUCGACAACGUUCACAAACGAAGAUCGAAUUUGUGAAACAGGUCGGCUCGCAGUUCCACGUUCGAAAAGCCAGCAUGGAUCUCAGCGGCAGCUGCCUGGACAAAGAAGUGGAACCAGUAUCAACGGCUCCAACCGUGGAAGCUGCGGAUCAAGCGGCAUUCCCUUGGACGGUAUUCUUCGGAGUACUGAUCCUGCUUUUAAUCGUUGCGGUUCUUAUCUUGGCAAUAUGCAGUGCGAUGAGGAAGAACAAAAAGAAGGAAAAACCGUCCGAUUACAUGGGUAAAGGUAUGCCGGUGGUGUUCCCAGAGGAAGUAGCCGAAGACGUCGAGAUGGCACACGCUGCGACCCCGAUGCUCACCAAAGAGGAAAGGCCGCCGCUUAAGGUAUCCCAACACGAAAAUCCGCUCUACAAACCUCCGCCUCCGUUGGCUGCAGCAUCUCCUCGAGUUGGAACCGCUGCCGCUGUGCCAAACCAGAGGAUGCCACCGACUUAUGUGCCGCCAUAA